AUGGAAGAACCAACAAAAGCUGAUAUUGAUGCAAUAUUUAAACGAUUAAGAACAUUACCGGCUAAUAAGGUGUGUUUUGAUUGUGAUGCAAAAAAUCCAACAUGGGCAUCAGUAACAUAUGGUGUUUUUUUAUGUAUUGAUUGUUCAGCAAGACAUCGUGGUCUUGGUGUUCAUUUAUCAUUUAUUCGUUCAAUUAAUCUUGAUACCAGUUGGGGAUGGCUUCAACUUCGAGCCAUGCAAGUUGGUGGUAAUGGUAAUGCUGAUGCAUUCUUUCAACAACACGGUUGUAAUACAAAAGAUACACAACAAAAAUAUAAUAGUCGAGCUGCACAACUUUAUCGUGAAAAACUUCACCAACUAGCAACAAAAGCUAUGAAGCAAUAUGGAACGAAGACUUUUCUUGAUGACGGCCAUAAAAAUGAACAUAGUCAAUCAGCAAUUGAGAAAAAAGAAGGUGAUUUCUUCCAUGAACAUAUUCAAGCACCAGCUAAAACUAGUUGGGACGAUAAUGUUACAUAUUCAGCACCUGCACCAAUUCUUGAUAAAAAUGAACAAGAGGGUGAAGGACCUUCUAUAGAUCCAAAUGCAUUGAAUAAUGAUGGUUCAGCAAAAAAUCUUGAUCCAAAAAAAUCAACUAUUGGUCAACGUCGAGCACCACAACCAAAAAAAAAAGGAUUUGGUGCACAAAAAGUAACAACUGAUUUCAAAGAAAUUGAACGUAAUGUACAAGAACAAGAAAAACAACGUGAACAACAAGUACAAUAUGAAAUUGAGAAUCGUAAAGAAACAGAAAAACAACUAGAAAAACAAAUGGCUGGUCUCAAAUUUGCUUAUGAAGAUAUGGGUAAAAAACGUGAAGUUGAAGAAGCAAAAUUAAAACAAUCAAAUCCACAAAAAGCUGAACAAAUGGAACGUCUUGGUAUGGGUUUUGGUAAUCGAAGUGGUGUGAGUCAUAGUGCUAUGACAGAUAUGCAAACAAUUCAACAAGAAGGUUUAGCAACAACACGAAAUGUUUCACUUGCAACAAAAAGUCGAGAUUUUUUUGAUGAUUUUAAUACAUCUGGAUCCGGUUUUGGUAGUCGAUCAAAUUAUGAUAAUUUAUCAUCAAGAAAUAGUGAUCGCUAUGAUGAGGAAUCUAGAAAACUUGAUGAUGAUUUAUUCAAACCAAAAUCUUCAUCAAAGAAUACGGAUACGUUUAGUUCUGAAUGGGAAGUUAUUGAUCGUAAAACUCCAACAAAAGAAUUUGGUACUAGUGGAACAAGCAAUUCAUUUUCAUCGAAUUAUGGUAGUUCAUCUGCAAAUAGUGGUGGUUUUGGUUCAUCAUCAUCAUCAUCAUCAUCAAAAGUAACAACAUCUUAUAAUAGUGGCAAUAAUGAUGGCGAUGCUUUGAAACGUUUUUCAAAUGCUAAAGCAAUAUCAAGUGAUCAAUUUUUUAAUAAAGAUUCUGAUAAUGAUCGUAAUAAUGUAACAUCACGUUUUCAAGGUAAUACAAGUAUUUCAAGUGAAGAUUAUUUUGGUGAUCCAAAUAAAAAAUCUCAAGAUCGUGGAAAUAAUUAUCAAGGUCCAGAUUUAACAACAAUGAAAGCUGAUUUUAAAGAAGGUGUUACAAAAGCAGCUGGUCGUUUAUCAUCAUUAGCUAGUAGUGUUAUGUCUAGUAUUCAGGAUCGGUAUUGA